UGGCAAGCAAGAGGUUAAAAAGACGGGCAUUUACCCACAGUAAAAAUGGUCGACUAGGCUUUGUCACGCUUGGAAAAAUCUCGCGAUACUAUAGGAAGGACAAAACAACAGAUCAAGCCUCCCAAGCGGUUGCUAUGGGCAACUCGGGCGAGGCCUAGUGCCAAGGUCUCAAACUCGAGCCCUGUGGGGAAGUUGAAUGUUCCCGCCAAAACAAUAGGAUUGCAUUGCUCUUUAGGUGCUAAGAGAGAAUGCCUUUGGUCAGUGGAGUGGUACCUGCACGGUUCCUGACCAUCACGGCCCACUUGGUCAUCGUCAUCACCAUCUUCUGGUCAAGGGAAAACAAUGUCCGAGCUUCAUUACCCCUCCAGUGCUCUUAUGAGGAGUUUGAAGAUCGGGACACAGAGUUGGUGGUAGCGCUCUCGAUAACCCUUGGCCUGUUUGUGGUGGAGCUGGCUGGCUUCCUCUCUGGGGUGUCUAUGUUCAGUGACGGACAAAGCCUUCUCUCUCUGGCGGCUCACUGUAGCGCCUCCAUCUGUCUCUCCUUUUUCGUCUUUGAACGCUGGGAGAUUGUCACUUAUUGGUACAUCAUGGGAUUCUGCAGCGCCUUGCCUGCUGCUGUUGAGGUCUUGCUCUUCAUCUCAGUCUUUGGACUGAAGAAGAAGCCUUUUUGAAGAACUGGGGCACACGGUACAGAGGAAGAGAAUUUCAUAGAACUUUUUUAAGGAUCACACUGUGGGAGGGAAUCUCCCUAUGAAUCCUGUAAGACUGAUGCGUCAGUACUUUUCAGCGGAAUAUGGAAAUAUGACUGCAGCCGGAGAAGGGGAAAGGAUUGAAAUAUCUGGGGCAGGGGCUCUGUUUUGUGCCCUCCUUCCCAGAUUUCCCUCUUCAUCUUUGCCCUUUGUCUCCAUUCGUAAUGGUUCCUGUUCUUUCGAGACUGGGGUCUCCUGCAGCAUGCUGGUGCCCUCCAGCGGAGUCUCUUGGCUGUUGCAACCUGUCCUGCAUCAGCAGGGAAUCUGCACAUUUAACAAUGAUGCACAUGUUUUCAUCCAUAGUGCCAAAAUCAACCUUCAGAAGAGAUUGAAAAGUUUAUGGCUGGCUGGCCAGCCUCUGUAACAAGCAUAGGCAAACUUUGGCCAUCCAGGUGUUUUGGAUUUUAGCUUAAGCAGCUGAGGGGGGAAAGGAAGGGGCCUGAGGCUGUUAGGAAUGGUUGGAGUUGAAGUCUAAAACACCUGGAAGGCCAAAGGUCACCCAUGCCUGCUCUGCAAGGAUCACAGUCAGAUAAUCACCUUGGAAGGAAUAGUGUUUGUUUUGCGGAUAGACAUGUAAUUUACUCUGUGUAGAUGACGGUUGGUGGUGCUGUUUUAAGAAUAAAAUGGCUUAAAAAAACCUUAAUAAAACCAGAUCUUUCGUAUAAA